GAAGUGUCGAUCUACUGGAGCAGCUGGGAAGCACCCAGCCGAGCGAAUCAGGCGUCAGUGGAUUUCUGAGGAAAACCAGAGGAGAGAGUGGUGACCGGGCGGGAAGCGGCUGCGGCAGAGGUAACCUGGCUUGUGUCUUGUUUUGUGGUGAUCUUCUCAGCGGGCAAGAACUAUGUCAUGGAUCAAAGAAGGAGAGUUAUCACUUUGGGAGCGAUUCUGUGCCAACAUCAUAAAGGCAGGCCCAAUGCCCAAACACAUUGCAUUCAUAAUGGAUGGGAACCGUCGCUAUGCCAAGAAGUGCCAGGUGGAGCGGCAGGAGGGCCACUCACAGGGCUUCAACAAGCUGGCUGAGACUCUGCGCUGGUGUUUGAACCUGGGCAUCCUAGAGGUGACAGUCUACGCCUUCAGCAUUGAGAAUUUCAAACGCUCCAAGAGUGAGGUAGAUGGGCUAAUGGACCUGGCCCGGCAGAAGUUCACCCGCUUGAUGGAAGAACGGGAGAAACUGCAGAAGCAUGGGGUGUGUAUCCGGGUCCUGGGUGAUCUGCAUUUAUUGCCCUUGGAUCUCCAGGAGUUGAUUGCACAAGCUAUACAGGCCACUAAGAACUACAACAAAUGUUUCCUGAAUGUCUGCUUUGCAUACACAUCUCGUCAUGAGAUCAGCAAUGCUGUGAGAGACAUGGCCUGGGGUGUAGAGCAAGGCCUGCUGGAUCCCAGUGAUAUCUCUGAGUCCCUCCUCGAUAAGUGCCUCUAUACCAACCACUCUCCUCAUCCUGACAUCUUGAUACGGACUUCUGGUGAAGUGCGGCUGAGUGACUUCUUGCUCUGGCAGACCUCCCACUCCUGCCUGGUGUUCCAACCCAUGCUGUGGCCAGAAUAUACAUUUUGGAAUCUCUGCGAGGCCAUCUUACAGUUCCAGAUGAACCAUAGUGUGCUUCAGAUCUUGAAACAGCUACUCAGGAGUCUAAGGCAAGAGGAUUGCUUCAGUCCAAGAGUUUAAGGUUGUUGUAUACUAUGACGCCAUUGUGCUUUAUCAGGGGUGACAAAGUGAGACUCCGUCUCAAAAAAAAAAAAAGGUAAGAGUGGGGUUUAAGCUACACAUCUUUUAUCUCUUAAAGACCCAGGAAAAAUCUUCUCAGAAAGACUGGCCAAGUUUUUUUUGUUUUUUUGUUGGGUUUUUUUUUUUUUCGAGAUGGAGUCUCACUUUGUCAGCCCCAGUAGAGUGCCAUGGUGUCAUAGCUCACAGCAACCUCAGACUUUUAUGCACAAGCAAUUCUCUUGCCUCAGCCUCCCGAGUAGCUGGGACUACAGGUGCCUGCCACAACGCCAGGAUAUUUUUAGGAGUCUCACUCUAGCUCAGGCUGGUCUCUUAACUCCUGAGCUCAGGUGAUCCACCUGCCUCAGCCUCCCAGAGUGCUGGGAUUACAGGUGUAAACUACCACGCCUGGCCAGAUUGGCCAUUAUUCCCUGAAGACGUUAGCCUUAUAAAAGAUUGUAGCAGUAGAGGUAUGCAAAAUCCCGAACAUUUUACAGAAGAGAUUAAGAACAAAAUAACACUUGUCUUUCCAUUUUGUAAAACUGUUGUGCCAAGAUUUGAAGUUCUACUUUUAAUUUUUAUCACCAAAUCUUGAAACAGAUUUUAUUAGCAAGCAGAGUCACACUACAAUGGUAGUGUGGGUUGUUGUGGCUAGCAUAUUGAGGGUUUACUAUGGCACCUAGGCAAUUUCAUAUAAGUUUUCUUAUUUAACCCAACAACUGAGCAGGUUUGUUGUCCUUAUUUUUCAGAUUUGGAAACAGAGGGGUAAAGAGACUAAGUGACUAUCCCAAGGCCACAGAACUAGAAACCUGAAUCUUAAAAAUCAAAGCUAGUGUUGCUUCUUGAGUCUAGAGAGAUAAUGGCUAGGAAGUAGUAAUGAUAUAAGUGAGGGCUUCUCAGUUUCCUUUUUUUUGUUUGUUUGUUUGUUUUUAGAGACAGUCUCACUUUGUCACCCUCAGUAGAGUGCUGUGGCGUCACAGCUCACAGCAACCUCCAACUCCUGGGCUUAGGCGAUUCUCUUGCCUCAGCCUCCUGAGUAGCUGGGACCAUAGGUGCCCACCACAAUGCCCAGCUAUUUUUUUGUUGCAGUUUGGCUGGGGCUGGAUUCGAACCCACCAUCCUCAGUAUAUAUGGCCAGCGCCCUACCCACUGAGCCACAAGCGCUGCCCUCAAUUUCCUUGGUAUUAGGGUCCCUUUGGAGAAUCUAAUGAAAGCCAGAGACCUGAAGUCCCCAACCCCCAGGCCAUUGACUCGUACCUGGUACCAGACUGUGGUCUGUUAGGAAUAGGGCCGCACAGCAGGAGGUAAGUGGCAGGCAAGUGAAUGAAGCUUCAUCUGUGUGUACUCCCCAUUGCUUAUAUUACUGCCUGAGCUCCUCCUCCUGACAGAUAAGCAGCAGCAUUACACUCUAAUAGGAGUGUAAACCCUAAUGUAAACUGCACAUCUGAGUGACUUAGGUUGAGUGCUCUAUAUAAGAAUUUAAUGGGAGGCGCCUGUGGCUCAGUCGGUAGGGCGCCGGCCCCAUGUACCGAGGGUGGUGGGUUCAAACCUGGCCCCGGCCAAACUGCAACCAAAAAAAAAAUAGCCAGGCGUUGUAGCGGGCGCCUGUAGUCCCAGCUACUCGGG